ACCGCGUUGGCCGAUUCGAUCGUGCCUUAUAUAUUUAUAUUAAUGAUAAAAGUUAAUAGUGACUGUUUACUAUCAGCUUAAGCCAAGCGUAGUGUGGGGUGUUGUGUUUAAGAAUGGUAUGCUAUUGUUGAAAUACCACCAGCGUUGGAAUGUCCCGCCUUCCGAGAUUUGCACCUCCAGACCCUGAUUUCCUCAAAAAUGAUGCCUUGCACUUGGCCUACGACUUUAUUCUUUUUGAUAUGGCUUUGCAAUGAUGUUGCUUCAAAGCGGAAUCACACUUUGAAGCCCAGGGUUGUUCUUCCUGAAAACUAUGUUAAAGAGAUGCGACCUCCAGCUCGGAAGGGGCAGCCUGUCAUCGUGGAGUUCAGUAUAUACGUUGUUGAUGUGAACUCCAUCAAUGUCGAAGAUAUGGAUUUCCGUGUGGAUAUGUUCAUAAGACAGACUUGGAGUGAGAGUCGGCUGCAGCUGCCCGAAGAUAUAUUUGAAGAGGGAGACGACCACGUCACCCUGCCUCCAGAAUUCUUCGACAAUCUGUGGCAUCCCGAUCCUUAUUUCUUGAACUCAAAAGUGACUGGUGGAGCAUUACACUAUCGGCAACGGACGCCCGAAAUCGCCGAAUUGACUCAUAAGUUUUCAUCAGUGACGCUGUACAGGAAUCAGACCGUUCGAUAUUCAGCUCGGAUGCACGCCAUCAUCGCGUGCCAAAUGGAAUUUCAACUUUAUCCCAUGGACAUACAGUCGUGUCCUAUCUACAUAGAGAGCUUCUCAUAUAGCAAUCAGAAAGUGAGGUUCCGUUGGAGCGAAGCAGGGGUCACCAUAAAUCCUGAACUGAAACUGCUGCAGUACCACAUCGGGCAACCGUUGCGGCUAGAAGAGACCAACGGAUACAUGAUCGAUAAGGACGGAAACUACUCCAGACUGGUAGUGUACUUCAGGUUUGAACGUCAAAUCGGUCACCACCUCAUCCAGACCUUCGCGCCGUCGUCACUGGUAGUUAUGCUCUCGUGGUUUAGCUUCUGGCUGGAUCUAGAUGCUAUUCCUGGUCGAGUUACUUUGCUGGUUACCUGCAUGCUGACCUUGGUCACGAUGUUUACUGGAUUGAGAGCUGAUAUUCCUCCAGUUGCAUAUGUGAAGGCUUUAGAUUUAUGGAUGGCUGGUUGCAUGAUGUUCGUCUUCGCCGCCCUCGGAGAGUUCGUAGUCGUCAAGGUGCUGGACAAGCAAUACCAGAUGAACAAGAACAAAGCGCAGGAGUCUAUGCCGAGGAUCAUACCAGUGAUACGUCGUUUCUUGCAGCGUCUGAAUGGAGAUAAAGGAUCAUGUGGCACUAUUGCCGCUUGGGAAGGCUCAGGUGUCCGAUGCAGGAAGGUGGAUAUCACUUCUCCGACUUCCCCUGCAGCAGGCACUCCAGCAGUACAUCCCACUCCAUCUGCCACAACACCACAUGUAGUGGGAGUGGAAAGAAGACAAAGUAUAUUACAGGUUGCCUGGCUGGAUGCUGACACCGGACAGGAGAGAGUGCUGUGGAGAGAAAUAGACAAGCUUUCCCGCGUGGUGUUCCCUGCUUUGUUCCUGCUCUUCGUUACGAUGUAUUGGCCUGUUUUGCUGCUGAAAACAAAGGCUUCUUCAUAACGAUAUUCAUAUUUUUUCUGUCUCAUCAUCAUCAUCAUCUUCAUAACGAUAUUCAUAAUUUUUCUGUAUCAGCCUUCACAAAGCAUUAGCUAGAAUUUUAAGUAGGUACAUAACGAAAGUAUUCAUUGGAUUAAACUUUUCAGUGUAAUUAAUCGAUAAAAGUUCUAUCCCAGAAACCGUAUAGGCUAAUUUUGUCUACGAUCAGUCCAACCAGUACCCAGAGUCUAUAUGGGUUUCACUGGAUACCAAUAUCCUACAUACACAAACGUAUGAGCGGUUGGAUUGCAAUUAUGUCUAUAGAUGCUUAGCAGCAUUCAGUUGUGAUCAGGUCUAUCAACACGGUAAUGUUAGCAAACGAAUUAAAUGUUCCGUUGAUCCACUGCUGUUUCACAAACGAACGUCCGAUACAUUUUCAAUGAAAGGUUGUGAGAGACAUUUGUGUAGAUAUUUUUGAAAGACACAAACAGAUUAUGUGGAAUUUUAUUUAUUAAUACACCGAUGGUCUCUAAGUAAUGACUCGUGUACAUGGCCAGGGAUCUUCUCUACCGAUAGAAUCCAAUAAAUCUUAGGGAUAACCAGUUCACUGCGGUUGCAUCAGCGAUAUUAGUUAAUUGUAAGCUACCGACUGUGUCCUUGGCAAUAGUGAUAUUUGAAGCAGUCAGCGCAAAGUGGCCUAAGCUUACCAUAGUUAGUAUAGAUAUAAUGAGGUUUGAAUUUACUUUUACACUGCUUCAGAGGAAAAAACAAUACGCGCAAAAAUAAUGUUUACAAAGCAAUCUGUUAUCUAUGGGUAAAACUAGUUUGUUUUUUCCACCUAAGCUGAUGGCCUUGAGAGGCCAUUUCAGCGUAACCCUAACAAGUAGGUGAGCUCGCGGGGCUGAAACCUGACAAAUUUGCUAACACUAUCUUCAG